UGAAACUGUUCCUUAUCCUCCACCAAAGACGACGGAACCUUGCCCCACAGUACUCUCCGACGUCGAUCUCUUAAACAGAGAGGUGAAAGUCGUCUUGUGCUUAUACUUUAUUUGUCUGAUGAUGGAUAUCACUUCGAAAAGGAAAGCUGUCUCAGAGACUUUGAUCAAAGGGACAGGUACUGCAGCAUUUUAUUCUGCUUCUGAUGAAACUGUUCACUCCCCUCGUUUGACUUGUGCCGUGAGUGUUGGCGACAAGAGGAAGAGGAAUGAGCAUGGUGUGUCAAAUGAUGUCAGUGGUGGUCUCAAGUUUAACGACUUUGAGAAGCUGCGGAAAGAAGUAAACUUUUUGGUUGGGCAGACUUGGGCUCUUUAUGAUCAAGUUGAUGGGAUGCCUAGGUCGUAUGCCCGGAUCAGGAAAGUUGCAGCUCCUAUCUUUGAGUUAAGGAUCACGAACUUAGAGCCAGAUCCAGAUGAUGAGAGAGAGAUGCUAUGGUUUGAACAAGACUUGCCUGUUUCUGCUGGUCAAUUCAGGCUUGGGAAAAAUGAGAACAUGAAAGACUGUUCGAUGUUCUCACAUGUUAUACAUUGCAAGGAAGGAGGCAACACUGGUCAUCUCACUGUUUCCCCAAGAAAAGGCGAGACUUGGGCUCUAUUCAAGAACUGGGAUAUUAUCAACUGGUCUUCAGAGCCAGAUUCUCACGGCAGUUACAAGUAUGACAUUGUUGAGAUCUUGUCUGAUACCACUGAUGGAGCUGAUGGUGUAUCUGUUGCGUUCUUGCAUAAAGCAAAAGGCUUUGCAAGUGUCUUCUUUCGAAUGGGAACUGGUGAUGAUUCAGACAUAAUUCAGAUUCUGCCUCAGAAUAUAUAUCAAUUCUCCCACAUGAUCCCUUCCUUCAAACUGACAGGCUUUGAAGCAAAAGGUUUACCAAAAGAUGCUUAUGAGCUGGACCAAGCUGCGUUACCUGCAACAACAGUCCAAGAGAAAGCCGUCCCUUCCCAUCUAAUCCCAGUCCCUAAACCAGAAGUUAUUAAAACUGGUCAGUUCUGGGCAUUUGGUGGAAAUUACGAUGACACGCCUCGGUACUACGGUAGGAUUCAGAAGAUCACCGUUACUCAGACAUUCGAGCAGACAGCAGAAACAAAGGUGCAUGUAUGUCGUUUAAAGGCUACUUCAUUCCCUCAGAAUGUCAUCAAGUGGAAGGACAAGAGCAUGCCUGUUGGCUGUGGAACAUUCUCGAUGCAUAAAAAUUGCUCAACGCUCUAUCCACAACACCUUACACAUCAGAUAUUUCCUCAGACCUCUAUGGAUGGAAAUGAAUUUACCAUUCUCCCCAAGGUUGGUCAGUUGUGGGUGAUUUACAGACUUUGGGCUCCUCACUUUGGUGUCGGAGCACUAGACGAACACUGCUUGGACUUUGACAUGGUCCAAGUUCUUGAUGACGCCUUUAACUACAAGGUUUUAGCGCUGGAGCAAGUCUUGGUUACUAGUGAAGAGAAGAAUAAGUUCUUUAGAGCGGCUAAGAGUAGGCCAUCUUAUUGUUAUGAUGAGGAUGGGCCAGGAGUGAUAUUUACAAUCCCACAGUCGAAAAUGCUCAGAUUCUCUCAUCCGAUUCCUGCUUCCCGUGUAACCAAAGAGGUAGAUGGAGAGAUGAUAGUGCUCUCUGAAGUUGAUAAUAAAGCGUUACCUUAUGGGUGGUGACCGUUGACAAAGGAUGUGAGGGAAGGGUUCCUUUUUGUUAGCUUUUUUGGUGUUCUUUGCUGGAGAGAUAUAAAGACGCUUAAACUUGAGUCUUUUCUUUGGUUGGUUCUAAAUCUAACGGGA